UUGUAUAACCUGAUAAACAAUGAUACAAUAAGUUAAUAGCAAUCAAUUUAAAUUCACGGAAAUAAUGUGCUUAUGUGCCGUAGUAAAGAGAAAUAUUCGAUACUGAAUAUGAAUUGAAUAACUUUGUUACAAAUCAAAAAUGCAGGGUAAUCCUCCACCGUACUCAUCGGGUCCACCGCCCACUGUUGUCCAUGGAGUGCAGCCUGUAGGAGUAGUUCACACAGUACAAUCAGGAACUACAGUCAUCCAUACAAAUGCCGGUAUAGGUCCUGUGUUCAUAGCCUCCAAUAUGGGACCGAUGCCGGCAAAUAUGGCCUGCAGAUCCUGUGGCCAUGAAAUUGUCACAAGAGUUGAUGCGAAACCCAGUUUGAAAACUCACCUCUUCGCUGCAUUACUUUGCUUGAUUGGAUGCUGGCCUUGCGUGUGCAUCCCUUACUGCGCAAAUACCUGUUACAAUGCUGACCACUACUGUCCAAACUGCAGCGCGUACAUUGGAACAUACAUACACUAAAUAAAAUAUUUAAGUAUGAUUUGAUGUUAUUGUGUUCGCUUGUGAAAGUAGACAAUACACCUUGCAAAAUGAAGUGUGGCGUUUAAAUUGCCAAAAUCAUAGUUCACAUUUUUGAUCAUGAUUUUGGUUUACUGCCGACAAGUAUUAAUUGUUCUUGGCUGUUUACUCUAUAAGCUACACUAAUAUAUCUGACGAUAGAGAAUCUAGAACAGAAUCUUAGUGAUUCAAAAUAACUUAAUUUUUUAUUUAUAUUCUUUCAUUUUUAUUUUAAAUGGUAAAUAAAAGUGUAAACGCAAA